CAAUGCACCGCCCACCCUUUCCUAACCGCCCCCAGCCCCUGCUCCCCAGAGACCCCGCCGGCAGGCGCCGCGACCCCUUCCCGGCGCUCCCCGCGCCGUGCGCGGCGCGCUCGCGGUGACCCGGUGUGCGUGAGGUCACGGUGCGGGGCGGAGCGGCUCUCGGGGCCGAGGAGCUAUGCGGAGGGGCGAGCGCAGGGACGCUGGGGGACCACGGCCAGGGUCUCCUGUGCCCGCGGGCAAGGCAUCGUUGGAGGAGCCGCCGGACGGCGCGUCCUCGGGCCGCCGCAGCACCGAGUCCGAGGUCUACGACGACGGCACCAACACCUUCUUCUGGCGCGCCCACACCCUCACCGUGCUGUUCAUCCUCACCUGUGUGCUCGGCUACGUGACUCUGCUGGAGGAGACGCCGCAGGACACGGCCUACAACACCAAGAGAGGUAUUGUGGCCAGUAUUUUGGUUUUCUUAUGUUUUGGAGUCACACAAGCUAAAGACGGGCCAUUUUCCAGACCUCACCCAGCCUACUGGAGGUUCUGGCUGUGCGCCAGUGUGGUCUACGAGCUGUUCCUCAUCUUCAUCCUCUUCCAGGUAAGCGGCUCCUCUGUGUUGGCUGUGCUGUGGGAGCUCAGGUGGUCAUGUGGCCCCCAGACUGUCCAGGACGGCCGCCAGUUUCUGAAGUAUGUUGACCCCAAGCUGGGGGUCCCGCUGCCAGAGAGGGACUACGGGGGGAACUGCCUCAUCUACGACACAGACAACGAGACCGACCCUUUCCACAAUGUGUGGGACAAGCUGGACGGCUUCGUGCCUGCGCACUUCCUCGGCUGGUACUUGAAGACGCUGAUGAUCCGCGACUGGUGGACGUGCACGGUCGUGAGUGUGAUGUUCGAGUUCCUGGAGUACAGCCUGGAGCACCAGCUGCCCAACUUCAGCGAGUGCUGGUGGGACCACGUAGGCGCCCUCCUCCCGCAGUGGAUCAUGGACGUGCUUGUCUGCAACGGGCUGGGCAUCUACUGCGGCAUGAAGACCCUCAAGUGGCUGUCCCUGAAGACGUACAAGUGGCAGGGCCUCUGGAACAUUCCAACGUACAAGGGCAAGAUGAAGAGGAUCGCCUUCCAGUUCACGCCCUACAGCUGGGUCCGCUUCGAGUGGAAGCCGGCGUCCAGCCUGCGCCGCUGGCUGGCCGUGUGCGGCAUCAUCCUGGUGUUCUUGUUGGCAGAGCUGAACACCUUCUACCUGAAGUUCGUGCUGUGGCUGCCCCCCGAGCACUACCUGGUCCUCCUGCGGCUGGUCUUCUUCGUGAACGUGGGCGGCGUGGCCAUGCGGGAGAUCUACGACUUCAUGGACGACCCGAAGCCACACAAGAAGCUGGGCCAGCAGGCCUGGCUGGUGGCCGCCAUCACCGCCACGGAGCUGCUCAUCGUGGUCAAGUACGACCCGCACACGCUCACGCUGUCCCUGCCCUUCUACAUUGCGCAGUGCUGGACGCUCGGCUCCGUGCUGGUGCUCACCUGGACCGUCUGGCGCUUCUUCCUGCGGGACAUCACCCUGCGGUAUAAGGAGACCCGGCGGCAGAAGCAGCAGAGCGGCGGUGACCAGGGCGGUGCUGUUGGCCCCGUGGACGGGCAGCCGCCUGGACCGGGCGACCCCCCGGAGCCAGCGCAGGCUGAGAGGGAGGGGGCGCCGGCUCUGAACUGACACCGCCCUUCGUGACCACCGGGACCCUGGCCUGCUGUCCCCGCACCGUGACUCCCGCCGGGAGCCUGACGGGCCUCGCCUCCUGGGUCUUCCCUCUUCUCUGUGCGUGUGCAUGACGGGCUCAGCGAGGAGGGCGUGAAGGCGGUCCAGCCCAGGCUGCGGUGUGCGUGCGGCAUGUGUGCAUGCGUGUGGCGUGUGCGGGGGACGCGUGUGAGGGUGCGUGUGUGUAAGAGUUGUGCCUCUCGGGCUGGCAGGUGUGGCUGGGGUCUCUGCGUGGUCGGCCCACUGGCCUCUGGGUCCACACCAGGCCCUUGGGCCCCCUUUCUCCCUGCUGGCGCCCGUUGGCCCCCUGGCGGCCUGUGUCGGUGCCCAACCCACGGACACGCGAGGUGGCGGAGACAGGUGGACACAUGCGGCCCGGAGCCGCUCCCUUGGAGGCUCCCUCCAGCUCCACCAACACGGAGGCGUGUGCACGCGGCAGAGGGCGCUGUGGCGUCGCGUCCAAAGCUCCAAGGCCCAGGGGCCCAGGGUGGGCAGAGGGUCAUGGGGUCUCUGGCCUGGACCCAAUGGUCAUCUCCGUGAGCAAACAGAAUAAAGCAGCAGUGGCCUGCG